CAAGACCAAUCAGCAUCAAGGAGGGAAAAGGCUGAGAGUAUAAAUGUACACUGGGACACACUUUGUCUCAGGCAUUCCUCAACCUCUCCCAGACAUCCAAGAAUAAUACAGAAGAACCUUCGCUCUCAUCACCAUGAAGGGAACGUGGGCUGUUGUCCUUUGUUCAGUGCUCCUGCUUGCGGCUGAAAUUCAAGGUCAGCUGGCCUAUGGACAUGGACGUUGCAGCUGCACAGAGAAAGGUUCUGAUUCCGUUCAGCGAAAAGCCUUAGGAAAAAUAGAAGUGUUUCCCAAGAGCUCUUCCUGUGACCAUGUUGAGAUCAUUGCUACAAUGAAGCCCACUGGAGAGCAAAGAUGCUUGAACCCUAAUUCCAAAUGGGUACAGAAGAUGAUGACAACCCUCAUCAGGAAAAGGUCUUCACAAAGCACUCACCGGUAAAGGAGAAGAGCUAAAGAUCACUUCAACAGAGGUGAGAUUUUAGGAUUUCAGCGCUUCAGGCUCCCUCUCCAGUGAGCAAUGAACUUGAGUCUGCUUCCUCCACCUGGCUCUUCGACUUUUAAAAUACAAAUGCUGCAGCGAGGCAAGUUGUUCUCAACAUACAGUCGUUGCAUCCAUUAAGGUAACAUCUGGGCAGUGACAUCAUCUCAACAUUGUGAUGAAACAUCAGCAUGUCAUGGCAGGACGUGCAGUGAGGCAUAUGUAACCUCAGUAAUCCUACUGGCAAACCAGUGACAGUAAAGGCCCAAAAAGAAAAGGAGUACUUGUGGUAUGAAGUGAGCUGUAGCUCACGAAAGCUUAUGCUCAAAUAAAUUUGUUAGUCUCUAAGGUGCCACAAGUAAUCAUUUUCUUUUUGCGGAUACAGACUAACACGGCUGUUACUCUGAAACCAGUAAAGGUCUAGUUUGUCUGUGGCGUCUCCUGGUGGCGAUAAGUGGUAAUAGAUUGCUUCUGCUUAUCUAAUUAGCAAAGGUUUCUUUGAGCCACAUGGUUGGGUUAUUAUAUUAUUAUAAUAACUCAGAGAUACAAAUAUUCUCAGAUAACACAUACUGAGAAUUCAAGUUUAUUUUUUCUAGCAGAUUUGAAAUUAAUUCUUAGAUAUACAUGUUCCAUGUUAAUUUAUAUAACACAUGAUUGUUGUUCUAGGAUAUGUGUAACAUUUGUGUGUAGGCUUUAUAAAUAAAAUUGAAGAAGGCUUAUAAUCUAAAACCUAUCACACUGUGUGUUUAACUGAUGUAUAAACAUUUAUUACAUAGAUUAAAUGGAUCCGAUCUUGAUGAAAUGUAAUAUAACAAAUGAAUGUAAUAUAGUAGUGACAAACAUUCCUUGUGUUAGACUUCUCCUUUUAAAGAUAAACCAAUUAAAGUGAAUAAAAGACACUGAAAGUUGUAA